CAACGUCAUCAGCCUCAUACAUUUAACUUAGCUUUAGCCGAAAUGAGGUAGGUGUACAAAUCAUAGAUAUAUCUCGCCGAAACUAGUGUUUUUUCCUCAUCAACCGACAGUCAGCGAUUAUUUAUUUAGUGCUACCUGGGCUUACAGUGCCAAACAUGUAUAUCAAAGCCUUAUUCCGAUGCAGAGACAUGCUGAAAGGAGAACUGAUCGUGUGAAAAUGCUGGCUAGCUUAAUCAAUGCUAGCUAACAAGCAGGGGCCGAAAAACGAAAGUGGCUAACGUUAACGUUAACGAGAGCUGAACCCUAUCACAACAAGCCUGGGUACUUAAAACAUACCUACCGCUGAAGCCACAAGAAGAAGAAGAAGGAGGACUGAUAGAGAUAGUUGCCUUUCCUACAAAGUAGCAGUGGGUCUCUCUAGGGCAGAGCCAUGGGUGCGUUCCUGGACAAGCCCAAGACAGAGAAACAUAACUCACACGGUGAGGGGAAAGGCCUCCGCUAUGGGCUGAGCUCCAUGCAGGGCUGGCGGGUGGAGAUGGAGGAUGCUCACACAGCUGUGUUGGGACUUCCUGCUCCUGGUAUGACUGACUGGUCCUUUUUUGCUGUCUAUGAUGGUCACGCCGGCUCUAGGGUUGCCAACUACUGCUCUAAGCAUCUUCUUGAACACAUAAUCGGUGCUAGCUUAGGGGCCGGAGGGAUGCAAGGCUCCCAGGCUGGUUCAGACAGCACGGCCAGUGACACCCCAGCACAGAUUCCUCCUCCGGUGGAGGCUGUGAAAGCCGGGAUCCGGACAGGCUUCCUGAGGAUCGAUGAACACAUGCGCAGCUUCUCUGACCUGCGAAAUGGCAUGGAUCGCAGUGGAUCCACAGCAGUGGGAAUCCUCCUGUCACCCGAUCAUUUCUUUUUCAUUAACUGUGGGGAUUCUCGAGCCGUUCUGUACCGAAAUUCACACGUGUGCUUCUCCACACUUGACCACAAGCCUUGCAACCCACGUGAGAGAGAGCGCAUCCAUAACGCUGGCGGCUCAGUGAUGAUCCAGAGGGUGAACGGGUCACUGGCUGUAUCGCGGGCCUUGGGGGACUACGAUUAUAAGUGUGUCGAUGGCAAAGGCCCCACUGAGCAGCUGGUUAGCCCUGAACCAGAAGUGUUUGAGAUGGUUCGGGCCCCUGAGCAGGAUCAGUUUGUGAUCCUGGCAUGUGAUGGUAUCUGGGAUGUCAUGUCCAAUGAGGAGCUGUGCGAGUUUGUGAAAUCAAGGCUGGAGGUGUCUGAUGACCUGGAAAGAGUCUGCAAUGAAGUAGUGGACACCUGCCUGCACAAGGGGAGUCGGGAUAACAUGAGUGUUGUGUUAGUGUGUUUGCCCAACGCUCCCAAAGUGUCAGAGGAAGCUGUGAGGAAAGACGCUGAGCUCAACAAAUACCUGGAGUCUCGAGUGGAAGAGAUGCUGUCUCGGCCAGGGGAGGACGGGUUUCCAGACCUUGUUACAGUGAUGAGGAACUUGUCCACCGACAGCGGCAUGCCCACGCUGCCACCAGGGGGAGGCCUCGCCAGCAAACGCAGUGUUAUUGAAGCAGUAUACAACCGUCUGAACCCAUACAGGGAAGAAGAUGGGAGUGGAGCUGAGUUGGAGUACCACUGGUAGCUGUCCAGCACAACUGCCUGAUCCAAAAAAACAAAACAAAACAAAAAAACAAAACACAGGACCACUUUUUCCACACAAGAUCACAUCCAUAGUCACCUUUUUAAUUUCCUCUGAGUUAUUUUUAUUUUUUCCCACAUUGAGAGAUCAACGAAAGAAGAAAUCCUGGUUUUAAAAACACAAAGUGGAAGAUUGGGAUUAUAUCGGUUCUUUUUAUAGAACAAAAUGGGGGAAAAUAAGAACAACAGCAUUAAUGGUCUUGAAAGCAGAGCUGCAUAUACAGUAUAUACACCAGAAGAGAGGCAAACAAGCACAGUUUUUCCUGCCCCUCGUUUUCUUGCUUUCUUUGCGGUGGGUGUUUUUGUCGUGGACUGACUGAGACCCUGUUCUGGAUGCUUUGAGGUUCUUUGGUGCCAUGCUCGGAACCAAGAGGAAAGGGAGGACGUUGCAACACCAGUCAGCCAGCCAGCCAUUACCAAACCAACCUCAUGGACAUUUAGAAGACACUGAUUGGACUGAAGCCUUGAGCUCAAGCAAGCUUGGGGUUCUGGGCAUUACUGGUAUUCAAACGGGGGGCCCCCCAACACUUCAACUUCCCUUGCUGGAGAAAGCCUCAUCCUAGAUUUAUAAUUCCCAAGUUCUUCAUAUUCCAAGACCUUCAGGAGAACAUGAUCAUGAGAUUACUGAAAGUUCAGUUUGGCUCCCCCCAUACUGUGUCCAAACUAAAGUAAGACAUGGGCUGGUGGCAGACAAGGCAUUACAUGGACAUUUAAACUCAAUUGUGAUGACUCUUCCUGCUCGUCCCUGCUCACAUUUUCUCCUCUCGUCUCUUCAAGGAUGUAAUCAAACAGUUGAUUUAUCACUCUUCCUCUCUGUCUCUCUCUCUCUCUCUCUUUUCGCUUUCUCUGUCUCUUCAUAAGACAGAACAGACUUGGCUGUCAUUUGCAUUGGCAGAUGUUGCCAGAAUCAUAAGCUUUUUAGCCUGCUGUUGUUUAAGAGAUAGAAAGAUAGAAAUUAUAUAUUAAAUUCAUAUAAAUAAAUAUAUAUAUAUAUAUAUAUAUAUACAUAUAGAUAUAUAUUUUGAUUUGUUUCUUUCAUCUUAAUUCCCAGCCAUGGUAUUCGUUGUGGCCUAAUGUGUGUGUGUGUGUGUGCAUAUGUGCGCACACAUGCAUAUGUGUAUGUUUGUGUGUGUGUGUGGACAUAAUAAAAAAAACAAACAAAAAAAAACAGAAGACAAGGUUGCACACACACACUGUCCCCACACAGCAGCGUUCCAAAGACGGGGUUUGGGGUAAAGGGAUUCCAACCUGACCUCCUCCUUCCCCCCCGACUCUCCUCAACACAUGCACACACACACAAUCCUGCUCUUGCCUUUUCUAUCUCUCGAAUAUCCUGUGUAAAGAAACAAAUGUUUUGAUUGAAAAAAAUUCCAUCAUUUACCUUUUUUUUUUUUUUUUUUUUUUUUUUUUAAUUUCUUUUGUAUUGUUUUUUCAUAUGUACUGCUAUUCAGAGUACUGUGGCUGUGGUCCGAUUACAGAUGGGUAAGAAAACAACAGCAUACCUUGUACAGCAGAUUGGGAGAGAGAAGUAAGUUUUUUGGUGUUUCACUGUAUGAAGUAAAGGAGGGACACUGUAGGACAGAGGAUUGUCCUUUUUUUAAAUUUUUUCCACAGCUACCUUCAUAAACUUUGCCUCAAAGGCACAGAAAGGUUGCUGGGGAAAGUCCUGGUUCCACUCCUUGCAUUGACCAGGAGUUAAUUUCAUUUCUGUCAACCCAAGCACUAAAAAAAAAAAAAAAAAAAAAGAUUGAAACUUCAGAGAAAAAUUUGUCAGACAAAGCCUCUUCUUCUCAGUCUUUUUGAAACGCAUACAUGCAUAGACCUAGUGAAUGCACAUACUUUACAUGUGUAUUCUUUUCCAUAGAUGCAUUUAAAAUCGGCUACAAGUAUAUACAAAUCUGUAAUAUACACUUUUUUUUUUAUUUUUCAAUCAUUAAACGGCAUUGUCAUUGUGCUUUCUGAGGUGGCAGUAUUGAAAGAGAAUAGGCCUAACAAGAGUUUGCUGGCUGGUUAAUGUUCUUGUGGUACACCAGCUCUUGGUGCCAUAUGACAAAUAGGUACUUGAAUGUGUAGUUCUUUUUGCAGUUGCAUUGUUUUAAUGGGAUGAUUGAUUUUUAUUAUUUUUUUUUUCUUUGUUUGUGGUGGAGGGAGCGGGGAGGGGUGGGGGUCUCUAUAGUUGUGCAUGUUAUGUGAUUGAGGGAGGAGUGUAUUUUGUGUGUGAGUGGGAGAUGUACUGGGCGGGUGGGGAUAAUAUGAGCGUGCUCAGUGUGGUGGAACACAAUGUUAGAGAGGGAAGGUGAUGAUUUAAAAAAAAAAAAAAAAAGAAAAGUAGAACACAUACUGGGAUAUUAUUUUUCUUUCAGUAACUUUUAAUUGCUAGUUGUUGUUUUAAGAUAUUUUUUAACCCCAAAACAGGCAAAGGUUAAUGUUUUUUUUACGCUGCAUCUCAUUUGAUAUUGCUUCUGAAAUAAAAUCAUCCCCAUGUGUACUCCUACAUUAACUAAUAUUUCCUGACUUUUUUUUUAACAUUGUCGAAGGUUUAACCACACUGAACACAGCUCUCAGUUUAGGUUAAUGUUUAAGCUAUAUCAGACACUGGGCUAGGAGAGGAACUGAGGGAGGGAAGGAGGGAGAAACAUUUAUUUUUCUGAAUGUAAUUCAUCAUUAUUCACACUGAUUCCACUGCAUGGACUGAAUACGAGCAGCACUGCAGCAUCACAUUCUCUCUCAUUAGUCAUUUAAUGACAAAAAAAAGCUCUCUUGGCUUUUUUGAAAUAGUUUUUCUAAAGGUUUUUUCUAAGGUUUGUUCCUGAAUGAUUUGCUUGUGACGUGUUGCUUUGAUUUCAGGAAAUAUAAAAGAGAAUUUUACAAAGCGGAUUUGUCUCCUGAACCUGUUACUUAUUCCAGGUUGAACGGGUUGAUGUGACCAUAGCUACGCAGCAAGAGACAGACAUGAAAAACUUGAUGUUUAUUCUGAUUUUUUUUUUUGGGGAUGAUAACGCACCCUAGUACUCUUUGCCACCUCCAUCUGAUGUCUCUCUUGUAUUACUGGCCAUGAUAAAUUCCACAUUUGUUUUUAUUUAUUCCAAUGCUUCGAAGAUAUUCUAAAAGUGCUGUAUUUUGAUGACAGAAUGAGAUUAUGAUAAGAUGGUGUGCAUUUGAGAGCGAUGUAUGACUUUUAGCCGACUCACCUUCACACAUGACCUUCUAAAAGGACCGAGGGAAGGUCCGGUGGGGGGGGGGGGGGUCACAGUGAGGUUGAGGAGACACCCAGGAUUUCCACCAUCCCUUUCCCUUCUUCCUGUACUAUUUUCCCAGUAUGAUAUUGUGAUGUUACAGACCAUACAGUGAACAUAAACGUCAAUAAAAGAUGGAUUUAAGUUUAAA